ACCUUCCCUUCCCUUCCCUUUACUAUUUUCUGUCCAAACAAGGGCUAACACUUAACACUUGAAACCACCUCCGAUUUCCCUCACCAAAUCAAUUCAUCUUCUUCCCCUUGAUUUUCCUCAUCCCUUUCUCCUUCCAGAUCUGGUUGUUCAUCGCCCAUCACUUGCUCGCCUAACAGAUUCAGGAACACCACAAAUCAAAUCUCAAAGUCCACCCCAAUCCGCCGGAAUACGGCUCGAGUGGAUGGUGCUAGGCUACGCUACCGGUGUUGACUAUCAUGGUGCUCCUCUAAUGAUUUCUCCAGGUUCAUAUUUUCAUCCUCUAUUUGAUUUCAAAAGUUCAACCAGAGUUUUUUCUGUUUUCUAAGCUGGUUUUCGUUUGAUUAUUUGGUGAUUGUGGUGGUUGAUAUGCAAUACGGGACUGGGAUCUUGACUCAAUGUAAAAACGUUUUGCUCUCCGAGUUCCAUUACUAUUCCGAUCUUGAGAGAGAAAGAGAUUUGCAGGGAACACCAAGUUGGGGCAAAUUUGAGCUUCCAAUUUUACCAGAUCCCCUUUUGAGCUUUCCUUUAGCCUCUUUCGAAGUUCUCGGUUGACUGCUCCACUUCAUUCAUCUCCUCUCUGUUUUCGUUAUUCGCUGCCAAAGCCAAACAAUUUCCGCCUUAGAUGUUUCAUUUAUACCAUUGAAAUAACUGAUCAUGUUCCCUUCCUCUCCAUCAUAGCUCCCUGCAAAGACUUAUGGUGGAGAGUGCACUACAAAUUCAAGAGACUGUCUGUUCUAUCAUAUGCGUAGAAUAUGUUUCAUGUAUUAUUUUCUGUUUGAAUGGUGGGUUUUGUUCCUUUUUAUUUUUGGAUAGCUCCAGGUUUUUAAAAUUAAAAUCUUCAUUCUUCUUCAUUAGGCAGAGGAACACCUGGAGAUAAUGGGCAAAAUAGCAAUGAAAGAGGAAAAAAGCAAUGGGUUAUGGCCCAAUGGAAAAUUCAAAUUAGGAGGAUGAGGGUAGUGGAUCUGGAAGAUGAUAAUGGUUGCUUUAGAUGCAUGGUUACUUUGUUUUUUAUUUUAUUUUAUUUUAUUUUAUUUUUGUAUUCAUUUCCAUUUUCCCUUGCAACAAUUAUUUAUUUAUUUAUUUAUUUUAGUUCUACUUUUUAGCUGGUCGCAUUUGCGGAGAUUUGAGAAAUUUUUUUUUUUUUUACUGUCUCAUUUCUUUUGCUAACUAUCUCACAACUUUUUACACGAAGAUCUCCUUUUUUUUAACCUUUUCUUCUAGAUAUUUUGAAAAUUGUACCUGUUUUCUUUCCAGAUGUAGGUGUUCUGGGUUUUUAUCUUGCUUUUAUGAUUGUUUAUUUUGUAGUUUUUUUUCUAACUUUUAUUGUCAAGU